UUUAAAAUAUUGACACAGUGCGUGGUAUAUCAACAGGUCGUUAUUAUGUGGUGUAUACCUAUCUGAUGUAGUCGACCCAUUUCUAUGCGCGUGCCUUGCAUGCAUAACAACGCCUGAUAGCGAUGCCAAUAUUGUUGUGCCAACCAGGAAAAGUUCUACCAAACGCCAACUUCCGAAAGUAAGAGAUUGACUUUCCAUGGGCUAGUUUGGACGGAAACGAAUUGAAUACGGGUGAUAUAACAGUCUUGUUCGAGACUUAUUAGACGACCUACUACCAUCUGGCCUUAUGGAGAAUCACAGUCUUUUCAAGAAAACGACUGUCCCAUCACCACAAGCAUGGCCUAAACCAGAAUCAGACGUCAACCGAAUGUCGGCGUACUACAAUCGCAUAAAAGAAUAUUGCCGACAAGUCUUCACUAUCAGUCAGUCAAAUGGACAAGAUAACAAAGAUGUAAGAAUCCUUUUAUGCCAGGGUCAACCAAGUCAGAAAGAGCUUCGACGGAAGAUUUUGGCCGAGACCAAGAUCGCUCUCGGGCUGGCCAGGGACGACGCUCUCCGCAAGACUACAGAACGCCGCGGGAAGAAAAUAGUAGAAAACUUCUUCGAUGUUCGAAAGAAUACUGUGAAGCUGGAGAACAGGCUCCGAGAGGAGAGAAAGAGAUCGGGUGUUUUGAGACGGAAGUGGGAACGCGAGUUUAACAGGGCGAACAAGUUUGAACGUGAAAAGCGAGAAGCCGAGAAGAAAAUCAAAAAGAUGUCAGAUAUGCUUGUUCGGAUGAAAGAGAUGCUUGUAACACUGGAGGAUGAAAAUUCGAAGUACAAGAACGAUCUCGACGACGUUCUGCUGAAACUCGAGGAGAAGGAGGAAGAUGCCGAGUUUCUUGAUGUGUCUGUACAUGAGGCUACCAAAGCAAAGGAGAAACUGGAAAAAGAACUCAGCAGACUUUUGAAAGACACCGCGGACAGUGAAUUCAAGGACCUCAAUGAAAUCCACUUCGCUUUACUCAGAAAGACGACUCCCAUUGCAAAUGUGAACAUUACCGAGAAGUACGAACCUAUCGUCGACGAGAACAAGUCCAUCAUCACUCUCGGUGGCGGUGCCUUCGGGAGGGUGUUUGCAUACCGCCAGAAACGCGGACGACAAGGAAAGACCGUGGCGAUGAAAAUACUACACUCGAACGCAGACGACUACGAAGUCCGUCGACAGGAGAUCAUUCUUGAAGCGCGCCUUAUCAGACUCUUCGCGGGAACCGGCGUGUUCCCACGUACGUAUGGGGUCGGGAGUCUGGGAAACGAUACCGCCAUUGCAAUGGAGUUUCUAGGUGACGAUAGCACGUAUAAAGUCAAGACUUUGAACACGUGGACGCAUGAGGAACACGUCAGCAUCCACCACGCAAAGACAGUCUUGCUCGACGUCCUGUCUGCGUUGAAGGCAUUACAUUCGAUGGAUAUCCUUCAUAACGACAUCAAAGGUGAUAACGUGAUCGUCAAACAAUCCGAUCACGACUUAUUCAGUGGGUACCUCAUCGAUCUAGGUAACGCGUCGACGACAUUCCUCUCCGCAAUCUACGAUUUCGGACAGACGGAGAGAGAUUAUUACGACGAUGAUCCAUUGUCGAUUCAUUACGCGCCAGAACUGAUUUUUGAUAACGCUGCCACGACUCGAGCGAGCGAUGUGUAUCAGAUUGGACAGCUUAUUUACAUCAUGGGAAAUGAUAUGGGAAAUGAAGAUCUGAGAGAUAUCGGAGAGAGAUGUGUCUAUCGAGAACCUUUGUCGCGUAUUAGGUUACUGGACCUCAUUGAACUUGUGUCUCAGUUAUGACCAUAAUGGUUAAGAGCUUGUGGCAAACAAGUUAUAAUAACAUGCAUAAAGAUGGACGAAAUCACACCAUUUGAAAUGUGAUAUGAUUAGCAUGGAAAGAUCUGAGAACUAACAAAGAACUAUUUCAUAUGGCAUGGUUUACCAUUAGUUAAAGAAAGGAAGGCAAAAUCAAAAGAGAUCUGAAUCUCUUUAUAGAUUUAAUGGGGAUUUAUAUAAAGAAGAAAGUACUAGACCAAGAGGGAAACCAAGAACCAACUUGGAGGAGAACAUUAAAGACAUGGUGUGGAAUGACACUGCAGUUUAAUAAUAGUGCACUAGAAUGGCAGAGAACAGAGAUGUGUCCUUUUUUUGUAGAAAGCCGACGAUCAACUAGUCACAGGACGACUUAUUUGAAAACUGAUUCAGUCUUUCAUUUGAUCCAAAGUAUUUUAAAAACAACCAGGCUAGAUGCGAAUAAAUCUUCGUCGUUUGUGCAUGAUUAUAUCUCUAAAGAACACAUGUAAUGAAUCACAAAUCCAGGAAAAUUUCAUUUAAUGUUACAUAAUUAGAGGUUUAAAUAGCAACGAUAUUGUUAUUGACCUGUCAUCUUUGUACACGUUAAUCUUCUUGUCUCAUUUUCGAAAAAUCUGUGGAACAAAAUGAAUCAGUUGUCACUAUUCUUAUGAUUCUUAAACCUUCCUCAGUUGGAGUUAGCAAUAAAUUUUAGUGUAUGAGGUAUAAGGUGUAUCAUAAAUUAUUUUACCCCCCCCC